UCAAUAUAUUAUUUUGUACAGUGGCGAUUCUGUAUCCGUUGAAGGUGGAAUUCCAACGUCAGACAAAAUUGAAAGGUUGAGGUCUCUUAGGUUUACUACAACGCCUGUGAAGUUUUCACAGAGGAGGCCUUUUGCUUCACAAGAACAUGUUCCGCUCUGCUAUCCUGAAGUUGUUCUGUGCGUGGAGAUUUAUCACAAUAAGACUAGUUCUAAAAAGACCCAGGAGUUUUUAGUUCUAGGAAGCCAGAUUCUUUCUGACUUGAGGGAUAAUAUCUAUUGUUUGACGGAUAAAUUAAUGCAGACAGCAGGACAGCAUGAUCCUUCUGGAUAUUUCCUCAUUGAAAAUACUUUUUGCAAUGACCUGCGAGAUCCUUCUGCUACUGAUUAUAGUUUACCUAUAUUUGACUGGCUUAAGAACAGCAAAAAUGAGGCUACUGAAAAGUGGGAAGUCAUAACGUCAGGAGAAUUGAAGAAAAUGCAGAAGGAAUUGCUAGGGCAUGCGGAUGCCUCAAAUUUUCCUAACUUCAAAUCUGUAUACAUGCACAAAACACGCUUUUCUGACUUGCAAUUUCGGCUGGGUGCUGGUUACCUUUAUUGUCAUCAGGGUAAUUGCAAGCAUACAAUUGUGGUAAGAGACAUGAGAUUGGUCCACCCUGAGGAUGCACAGAAUGGGGCGGACUACCCGCUGCUAACAUUCCAAAUCCAGCCCCGUUACAGAAAAUGCGAAGUCUGUAAAAUUUUUCAGGCGACGAAGAUGACAGUGGAUGACAAGUGGGCCGAAAAGAACCCUUGCUACUUUUGUAUUAAGUGCUAUUUCCUGCUUCAUUAUAAGGAGGAUGGUUCUCUGUUGUAUCCUCAUUCUGUGUUUGAUUAUUAUCAUGAAUGAAUCAAACCUGAGCUCAAAGCCUCAAACUGACGGUUUCAUUCUUUUUAUUACUAUUAUUUUGGCAGCAUAGUCAUGAUUAAUUUUAAAAUGCAAUUUUGGUAUA